UGACCAAAACAAUAGCAGCUUGUGAUAGCUAAUCAUAGCCAAUAAGAAUAUUAUAUUUUUUUUUUCGAGACAAAUUAGAUUUGUUAGUAGACCGUAAUCGUUCAUUAUGUUUUGAAAUCCGUUGCCUUAUAUAGUAAUAGAAACAUAUAGAAUGAAGGAAUUAUUAUGUAAUAUGUAGUAGCAUAAAAUAAUGUGUAACAAUUUGAUUUCUUGAUCCUAAGCAACAAUAAACUAAUAAUAAACUGUUUAAAUGUAAAAAAAAAAAAAAAAUGAAUUCGAACAACUCGUAAAAUUAGUUAGGUCCAUUUUAAACAUGAAAUAGACGAUGUUCCUCUCUAAAAUAGUCAACAAAUAAUUAGCAAAAACAGUUAAUAAUCCAUGUAUAAAUUUUCAUAUUAAAAUAUUCAAUCAAUUUGUACAAUAUGAUUCCAGGAGCUGUGUGCAAAGCAUUAACACUUUUAUUUGGUGUAAUGUAUCCAGCAUAUGCAUCAUACAAGACAGUGAAAAAUAAAAAUGUGAAAAAUUAUGUUAAGUGGAUGAUGUAUUGGAUAGUUUUUGCAGCAUUUAUUUGUAUCGAAAGCUUAACUGAUAUAUUCCUUGAAUUUUGGUUUCCAUUUUAUUAUGAUAUUAAAUUGCUCGUGCUGUUGUGGAUUUCAUGUCCAUUUACAAAAGGUUCAACAAUUUUAUACAAACAACUAGUACAUCCAACUUUGUUGAAAAAAGAAACGGAUAUUGAUGAAUUUUUAAUCAAUGUUAAAUCGCGUACCUACAAUGCUCUAGCUUCAACUGCUAAACAAACCUUUCAAAUGACAGCUGCAAUUGUAGCCCAACACACAGUAGUUGGGCGUAUGCCAAUGAUUCUUCAACAAAUGGUUAAAUUGGAUGAUGAUUGUUUACCUCAACAGCCAGCAGCUGUCAUAAGAAAAGUGAAAAAAAAGAAGCCUACAACUAUUAUUAUAGAAGAUUCUAUGUCAGAUUCUUCCAUUGACUUAUUGCCAAUAGAAUCUCCCACUGUGGUCGAAGACGUGCCUAUUCAAAGACCUAAACGUACAAAAGUGCAAUAUCAACAAAAAUCUAGUAAUAUCAAUAAAUACAAGGCAGUAAUUUAAAGUAACUAUACUAUGUUCCAUUACAAAAGCAUCUUGUCAUUUCUCAUUAUAAUAAAGUUAAUUAUGUAUCAAAAAUACAUCAUAAAUAAUAAUCUAUGACAACAUUGCACUUUUUUUGUUUUAUUUCCACUUCACAAGUUUUAAGUUUGUAAUCACUAUAAUUUUUCUUUUAAUUAUUAGUUUAGUUAACACAUUUACAAUUUACAUUUUUAAUGUUGAAUAAAAUAAUCUCUUAAUAAAGUAGAAACCUAUCCUUUUAUAAUUUACCAUAUUCUUGUUAAUUGUUAAACAUUUACUAAUUUAGUUAAGUAUACGAUGUAAUUUUUGACAAAUAAUUAAUAAUAUAGAAAGACAAAUAUAAAA